AUGGAACGAGGCAAGCGCUGCAUUGCUGUUGGACUCUCAUUCAAGAACCGGCAUUGGACGUGUCCACGAUUGACCAGUAAUGGAAAACGCGGCAGAGGACUGUUGCACCAAAAAAGAGUUUCCGGCAUCAUGCCGAUCAAGGGUGAACUUUCAGCAAUUAUGAAGCCCUCAGCAAAGGAGACUAACACCUCUUCAUCCUACUCCUCCUACUCUGAAGCUUUCGGUAGAGGCAGUCAAACGCCGGCUCACCAAGAAGAGACAGUUGCCAAACGACGUGGGACCUGUAUGCAGAGUGUGCUCCGAACCGCAUUUCAUGCUGCAUGGGACUAA